AUGUCCUUCCUUGGUGGCGCCGAGUGCUCGACGGCAGGCAAUCCGUUGACUCAGUUCACCAAGCACGUCCAAGAUGAUAAGUCCCUACAGAGAGAUCGCCUCGUGGGGCGGGGUCCUGGAGGCAUGCAAGAAGGCAUGCGGUCCCGGGGUAUGAUGGGAGGACAAGAUCAGAUGAUGGACGAAUUCGCCCAACAACCCGGCCAAAUUCCCGGUGCUCCCCCGCAACUAUUCGCCAUGGAGCAGCUGCGACGUGAGCUAGAUCAGUUCCAGACCACACCUCCCCGGACGGGCUCCCCCGGCUGGGCUGCCGAGUUCGAUGCGGGCGAGCAUGCCCGCAUGGAGGCUGCAUUUGCCGGGCCGCAAGGUCCCAUGAUGAACAAUGCGUCGGGCUUUACGCCCGCGGAAUUUGCCCGGUUCCAGCAGCAGAGUCGGGCUGGCAUGCCGCAGACGGCUAAUCCUGUGGCGUCUGCCCCGUCGCCGAUGAUGGCAGGUUACCAGCGGCCCAUGGGUAUGGGCGGAUAUAUGGGCAUGGGUGGCAUGGGCAUGAUGCCGCAGACAUUUAACCCGAUGGCGAUGCAGCAGCAGCCAGCGGAGGCGACUACACAGGAUAAGGGCAAGGGACGGAUGGUGGAGCUGGAUGACGAGAACUGGGAGGCACAGUUUGCGGAGAUGGAGACGGCGGAUACUCAGAAAUUGGACGAUGAGGCCAACGCAGCUGUGGAGGCAGAGCUGAAUGAUCUGGACAGGAAACUGGCCGAGGGCGAGACCGACUUUAACAUUGACGACAACCUGCAUAUGGGUGAGAUGGGCGAAUGGGACGGAUUCGAUACGCUUAACACACGCUUCCGGAACCCCCAACUAGGCGAUUACAUGUUCGAAGAAGAUAACGUGUUCCGGAGCGUGAACAAUCCUUUCGAAGAGGGAGUGAAGAUUAUGCGUGAGGGUGGAAACCUCUCUUUGGCUGCUUUGGCCUUCGAGGCGGCAGUCCAGAAAGACCCCCAACAUGUCCAGGCCUGGACCAUGCUGGGAUCGGCCCAGGCGCAGAAUGAGAAGGAACUUCCGGCCAUCAGGGCGCUGGAACAGGCACUGAAGAUCGAUGCUAACAACCUGGAUGCGCUGAUGGGACUGGCUGUUUCCUACACCAAUGAGGGCUAUGACUCGACAUCGUACCGCACUCUGGAGCGCUGGCUGUCCGUCAAGUACCCCCAGAUUAUCAACCCCAACGAUGUUUCAUCGGAUGCCGACCUGGGCUUUACGGAUCGUCAGCUCCUGCACGACCGUGUUACCGACCUCUUCAUCCAGGCUGCUCAGCUGUCGCCUUCGGGCGAGCAAAUGGACCCGGACGUCCAGGUCGGUCUGGGAGUUCUCUUCUAUUGCGCGGAGGAGUACGACAAGGCAGUUGAUUGCUUCUCUGCUGCAUUGGCAUCCACGGAAUCUGGAACCUCGAACCAACAGGAGCAGCUCCACUUGUUGUGGAACCGUCUGGGUGCUACGCUCGCCAACUCGGGUCGCUCCGAGGAGGCGAUCGAGGCCUACGAGCAAGCGCUGAACAUCAACCCUAACUUCGUUCGGGCGCGGUACAACCUGGGUGUGUCGUGCAUCAACAUCGGCUGCUACCCAGAAGCUGCUCAACACCUGCUGGGAGCACUGUCGAUGCACCGGGUGGUUGAGCAGGAAGGUCGAGAGCGGGCGCGUGAGAUUGUCGGUGGCGAGGGUGGCAUUGACGACGAGCAGCUGGAUCGCAUGAUCCAUGUUAGCCAGAACCAGAGCACCAACCUGUACGACACGCUGCGGCGAGUCUUUAGCCAGAUGGGACGACGCGAUCUGGCUGAUCAGGUGGUGGCGGGCAUGGAUGUCAAUGUGUUCCGGCGGGAGUUUGAGUUUUAA